AUGGCCAUUGUGAAACAAGCCGUAAACCGCGCCGACAUUGUGGUCUGUCCGGAAACCACCCUUUUGCCUUGGCUUGCCAGCUACUGCGCCCGCCACGCCAAACCCAUGAUUUGGGUCCUUCAUACCAACUUUCUGCGCCUCUCUGAAUUCCACUUUUCUGGUCCCGAGGUCGCCAUCACGACCCCGGCCACCCACGCGGUCUUUGCCUUCAGCACCCGUCUCAUCCCCUGCGUGCUCACCACCUCCCGUGACUACCUCGAGUACCUUCAAAGCCACAAUUACUCAGUCGAAAGCUACAUUGACCAAGGAUUCAAGACGGACGUGUUCAAAGCCAACGACCCCCCGGAGGCCAUUGCUGCCACGCGACGCGAGCUUUCCAGCGGUCAAGUUGACCGCCCGAUGCUCCUCUUUGCUGGCCGCUUUAGCGACGAGAAGCGCAUUCACCUCCUGCUCAAGGCUCGGCCAGAAAAUGCCAUCCUUGUUCUGGUCGGCGACGGUGCGCUUCGUGAAACCCUCAUGAAGGAACACGAUCCCCAACGAGGCGUCGUCGUCAUCAGCCGCAUGGUGACGCAGGCCGAGUUGCGCCUCUUUUACAAGGCCGCCGACCUUGUUGUGUCUGCCUCGGACUUUGAAACGUAUGGCAUGACCAUUCACGAGGCCCUGCUUUGUGGUACCCCCGUGGUUGUGGAAAAGGCCAAGGGCUUCACGCAGCAGAUCCGCCACGGCAUCAACGGCCUCCUCAUCAACUAUGACGAUACGCAGGCCGCCCACGAUACGCUUUUGGAAGCCCUCACCAUGAAGUUUGAUGCACAGCCCAUCCCGGAUCCCCGAGCCAUUUCUCUUCAGGACAAGAUUAUCGAAAGUGCUCGCAUUGGCCGCGAGCGCAUCAAUCCCAUCUUCUACGGUAUCCUGUAUCUGGUUGAGCUCUGCCUCGUCAUGAUGCUUUGGGUUGCCGCAGCUAUUUGGUGCAUUGACCCUAUCAAGGUCGAGGACAACGGUCCUGUGGUUGAUUCUCUUUCCAAGGAUGGUCAUGCAGCUGGUGCCGUGGACAAAGACCCGACCCUGGCCAAGGUAAACAAGGCAGCCAAGGCUACCAAGUCUCAAUGA